AUGGCAGAACAACAAGUCAAUAUAACGGAUCUGGAACCUGCGCAAUUACAAGAAGUGAAAAAACAACUUGAUCAAGAAUUAGACCACUUGACAAACUCAUACUCACAAUUGAAACAAGCACAUACGAAAUUCAAAUCAUGUGUUGAGAACGUAUCUUCUUUAACACCUAAAUCCAAAGGCAAAGAAGUAUUAAUACCUUUGACAAGUUCUUUAUAUGUUCCUGGAAGAUUAACGGAUGUAGAGAACGUUGUGGUGGAUGUUGGAACUGGAUAUUAUGUAAAGAAAACGAAAUCAGAAGCUACAUCUCACUAUAAUACAAAAUCGACUUUCGUACAAUCCAAUCUUGAUACACUUCAAAAGACCAUAGAAAGAAAACAGGAGAACGUUCAAAGUGUCGUACAAGUAUUGCAAAUGAAAAUGCAACAGCAACAACAACAGCAGCCUACAAAGUAG